CUGAAGCAGGAAAAAUUUGCGACGUCGUGGGCGCCGAGUUCUGCGCUGAAUGAGUUGUGCGCUUCCACAGUGUUGCGGAUUCACUGCAUCAGGAUGGAUGAUGCCGCUUCGUCCAGUUGACUUGGCCGUGAUGCCCAGCUGACUGAUUGCUGUUGCGAGGACUGGUUUGCGGAUUUGAAGCGAUGGUUGUUCUUCGGCUGCUUCUUCUUCCUCUUCGACUUUUUCGAUGGAUUAGCAUUGGGUUCGGUGACACUGUGACCAGCCUGGGGAACUGACAUUACCAGCCGCGGGAAUCGGUGUCUAGGGGAUCUUCCGGUAGGCCAAAUGAUGAGGCGGAGGUUCGUUUUCAGCUUUCUAUCGCGAGCAACGAAAUGUAAAGCGGUUCGCCCUUUUCAUAUCUCGAAAUUUUGUGUUUGGCUCAUCUGGAGGACAGGUGGGGUGGUGGGAAUUGCCUCGAAACCGUUGUGCCGGAGCAGCCGAAGCGUAUCUUUAGUAUUCGUUUAAAAUAUUGGUCAUCAGUCUCCUUUGAUGGGCCCUACUCCCUUUCUUUGGCUUCUUUACUUGUCUAUUUUAUCCAGUUAUCUGGUUAUUUUUUGUUUAACUGGCUUUCAGUUGUAGGGUAAAGUGGGUGUUCAGGUCCAAUCGUCUAUGCUACAUGUUCACAAGGCACGCAGGGAGUUGGACGAGAAGGGGACCCGAAGCAGGCCAAGGAUCAUAAUCUCAGGUCACAGGGUUUUCUUAUGAGGAGUAAUUGCAGGGCACAGAGGGCUGAUGGUGGAUCUGAGCGCGCAUCAGAGUCUGUUUAGUUGUCGCCUGUCCUUUGCGAGGGCAUUGAGUUUGUGGGUUGUCCCUGCGAGGCCAUUGAGCGAGUGUCUGAGAAGUAAAUGAUCGAGUUGCUAGUUGGGAGGCAUGAGGUGUGAGUAAUGGCGGUGGAGUUCUUGAUCUUUAACGCGCCGCCUUCAUGAUUAUCAUCAUGAGUCUGAAUGCUCGGAUACGAUUCUACUGAACUCCCGAAAUCGAGCUUGUACUGCAAUCUCUCUUGAAAUUUAUAAUUUUUUCUUGUUUUUCGGGGUGGUAGCGAUCAGUUCGCUUGGAGUAGAUUACUUCGAAUGAUCGCUGGAGAAGGUGCAGCGUCACAGAAUCAUUCGGAAAUUCUGGAAUUAGUGGAGCGGGUAGUCAUGAGCGCAUUGUAUUACACAUGAAGCGGAGCAGGAGGAGGAGGAGGAGGAUUAAUUAGUUUGUGUAUAUUUGUUUAUUGUCCUUACCUUUUCCUGGUUUUAGUUUUAUUUUGUUUUGUUCUUUUCGAGGGGAUUCGUCAUGAGAUUUCAAGCCUACGAACUAGUGGGUUGAGUUGGUGGCUGCUCUUCUGUGCGCUCGAUGGUGCCGUCGAUCACAAGCAUCCAAGGCUCCCUGGGUCUAUGUCCCGGAGACUCGAAUGCUCACCAGACUUCUCCCUUGAGACGUAACUACUUUGCGCUUUAUGCACCUUCUUCUUCCACUACUUCUUCCAGGCGAAUAGUAGCCGGCGCUACCGAGUCUCCUUUUCCCGCAACGUAGUCCUUUCGCGACCUCAUGGACAGGGUUGAGUUCUACGGCGUAGCAAUUGCACGUCUUGGUGCGUGCAUCCUUCAUAAAGAUAUAUAUUCCACAGCUGCUUUCGGUGUAAAGUUUUGACCCAACUGACCUUGGGGUGAAGUUGUAAGAUCUCGUAGCAGAUCGAUUAUUCAGCACGUAUUUAUCAUGGGGGCCAAAUCGCAGAGUAGACAGAUACUUCCGAAAACCUUGAGGACUUUGACGAACAAGCAAUUGAGCUGUCGGAGCGUACACUGUUCUGAGAUGCCACUUAUCGGAGAAUCCUCAGAAUACCUGAGGAAGAGUAACACACCAGAUCAAUCUAGUUCCCCAGCCUUAGAUUCUCAGAUAUGGAGCAGAUUGCAACCAGAAUUGGUGGCGCGAAUUCUAGCGCACCUUCCUCUUACGGCGCUUGUCCAAACGAGGCUCCUUAACAAGAAAUGGGACCGAGAAAUUUAUUCUGGGGGUUUGUUGGGUCAUGAUGAGUAUUCAACCCACCCAAUUUCUCGAUCAUGGUUGAUUUUGUUUGAGAACGGCUUCCCAGGGAGCCCUUACAAACUUCAAGCAUUCGACCCUGCUCAGAACGACUGGCAAACAUUCACCACUGCCCCUCAUUUCGCGACUGCGCAAAAAAUCGGGGGGUUGGUGUUAUGUGGUGCAGCCUCGGGCCUGAUGGUAUUCAAAAUUAGCGCCGUAAAGAGCCAUUUUAUACGGUUUGGUGUGUUCAACCCCAUCACUAGGUCGUGGAAGAAGCUUUCACCGUUGCUAAAUCGGCGGCAGGGGCCCGUUGUUAGCAUGUUCACUGAGAGAUCCUCAGGGAGUUCCAAAUUCGGAACUGGCCACUACAAAUUGGUGGUGGCCGGCGGUCUGGAAUACGACCAGCAAGUGCAGACCACUGAGAUUUACGACUCCCGAGCCGAAUGUUGGCGCAUCGCUUGUGACAAAUUCAACAACCAGCAGAGUCAUGUCUGCGACGAGAUGCGUACCUCCACGGCGUUCUGCGAGGGGGCGGUUUACCACAUGCGCUUCAAUCGGAUCCUGUCUUUCGAUCCAAGUCGAGAGCUUCAUACGUUCGUGAUGUAUGACACCAAGAACUCACGGUGGCGGCCAUUGCGCGUACCCUUACCACCAGACCUCGUCUUCACCGAAUACCCAUCCAUCAAACGCGUAUGGAAGGGGAGGUCACAUCUUGCCGACGUACUUCCACCUUCUUUGGUUGAAUCCAACGGGCGUCUUCUCCUGGUGGGUUUUCGGGAAGAUCGAGCAUUAUCGACGAUUGCAGGAAUUGGCGUCUGGGAACUCUCUCAGAGGAAGGCCUGGAAGCUGGUUACUAUGAUGCCGGAAACGCUGUUCAACCAAAUGUCCCCCACGGUCUGCACUUCAGCGUACAUAGAUCCGUCGUGGUAUCUGAAGUACGAGCUGCAGAGCGCCGGACAUGGCGACAUGGUGUACAUUUUUCAACCAAAUGGAGGCCAGGGAUUUGUUGCUCUCUGCGACUUCUCCCAGUCUCCCCCGGCGUGGCGACUCGUUCGGAACGGCUUCGUACCCAAAUCUGAGUGCUCACAGAAUUUGCACGGGUGUGUCAUUGAUCUCAGAUUAGACACCCUGAUUUAAUUCCAGGGAGGUGAGCACUUUUGUACAGAAGAUUAGAGAUGACAUGAGAUGUCAUGUCUCAGUGAGAGUUGCUGUGGUGACACCCACAUCUGAGUAAAGGGCGCUUCAAAUGGAGCACCGCUGUAAGUGUAAGAUUUCUGAUAGUUGACUAGCCAAUUUUGAGCAAGCAAUAUGAUCGCAUCCUUGUACAUGUAUGGUAGAGAGUGAACUAUCUCGUAGCAGAUUGGCAACUGAUUUUGAACGGUCACCUUUUGACUAUUGUAUACCAUUUUAAGAAGCCAUUGAACCUUCCACAAUCUUGUAAUAACAGGCGUUGAUUAAUAAAACUCUGUGGUGUCUGCUCCCCUACCGUGACUAAUUUUAGGUUC